GUGGCACACCACAGGAUACCCUGCUGCCUCUGGAGGAUCUGUGAACAUGAAGCUGCCUCAGCUUCUCCUUAUUUUGCUGUUUGUGGUACUUGCAGACAGUGUGCAACCUAAACGCUGUUUCAGCAACGUAGCAGGCUACUGCAGGAAGCGAUGCAGACUAGUGGAGAUAUCGGAGAUGGGAUGCCUGCAUGGGAAAUACUGCUGUGUUAACGAGCUGGAGAACAAAAGGCACAAGAAAGACACCGUCGUCGAGCAGCCAAUGGAACCCAGAGAUAAGUCAAAAGUACAAGACUAUAUGGUCCUGCCCACCAUCACGUACUAUACCAUCACUAUCUGAAGGAACCACUUAUUCCUGAAGGCCGUUGUCCUCUGAAGCCCUGUGGAAUCCAGUGGGCUGCUUCCGACUUGUCUCUUUCUUUCUGUGAACUUGAUUCUGCACCCAAUAAAGUUCAACACUUUUGCCUGUA